AUGACAACAACCGCCCUCUUCUGGGUCGGCCUCGCACUCAUACAGCGAGUCUCAUCAACUGCCGUCACCUGCUUCGACGGGUAUUACAUCACUGGGAGGGGCGGGUGCUCGGCCUGCCCCGCCGGCACUUACAGCGGCGCGAACGCCGCAUCCUGCUCCUCGUGCCCCGCAAACACGUUCAGCGCGGGUACGGCACCGAGAUGCACGGCCUGUCCCUCCGGCACGGUCAGCAACCCCGGCAGCGCUUCGUGCACACUCCAGAACACUUGCUCACCCGGCGCAUACUUCGACGGCAGAGGCUGCUCGGCCUGCCCAGUCAACACCUACUCCGGCCCUGUCGCGACGUUGUGCGUGGCAUGUCCCGACGAGCAAGUCAGCGGCGUAGGAUCCUCGUCGUGCCACGCCUGCGCUUCCGGGACCCAUUACGACUCUGGCGCCUGCGUCAUCGACGCCGUCACCUGCUCCCCUGGCCAGUUCGUGAACAACAACGCAUGCUACGACUGCGCAGCCAACACGCAUUCGAUGGACGGUUUCUCGUGCGUAGCCUGCCCCGACGCGCAAGUCAGCGACGCCGGAUCCUCGUCCUGCCACGCCUGCGACUCCGGUACCCACUACGACUCGGGCUCCUGCGUCGUCGACACUCCCACCUGCACUCCCGGCCAGUACCCGCUCAACGGCGAGUGCUCGUCGUGCGCGGCCAACACCUACUCCACCGACGGUACCGAGUGCAUUCCUUGCCCUAGCAGUGAGGUCAGCGACCCCGCCUCAUCGGAGUGCCACGCCUGCGCGGACGGGACCCAUUACGACGCGGACUCGGCCACUUGCAUCGUCGACCCUCCUAUAUGCCCGGCGGGGACGUACCUCAACGGGGACACGUGCACGCUCUGCGCCGCCGGGUCGUACAGCGGCGACGGCGCGACCCAGUGCGAGGAGUGCCCCGCGGGCCAGUUCUCGUGGGAGGGCGCGUCCGCAUGCUGCUCCUGCUGCUCCGGCUUCUACUCCGACCACCCCGGCGCGAGCACCUGCGCGCACUCCGGGCCCACUUGCCCCGAUGUCGGCGGCGCGAACCCCUCCAGCCUCAACAGCCAGAGCACCCCCCGACGUCGGGCAGUGCAGUGUCGCUUCGGCCAGCGCAGCUGCCCCGUUUACGGUAUCUCCGCGGACGGGCGCGGGUACAUCCGCGGGAGCGAGUGCGUGGACGUGCGGACGGACCUGGAGAGCUGCGGCGGGUGCGUCGCGGACGACCCACCACUCGGGGCGCGCAACGCAGACGGGGGACGCGAUUGCAGCGCGAUCCCGCACACAGGGCGGGUGGCGUGCCGCGGGGGCGCGUGUGUUAUCGAAUCGUGCGCGUCCGGCUUCACGCCGUCCGAGGACGGGGAGGCGUGCAUCGCCUCCAGCGCAUCCGACGCGCUCCAUAGACUCUUGAAUUUCCGCUCAGUCAUGAAGUUCUAUAUCGUUGUCGCCCUCGCUCUCAUCAACGCGGCCACUGCGUCCGUUGUGCCUGUUGUUCGCGCGGGCACCGACGGGAUGACCGCGGGCGUUGAAGAGCUACGCCGCGAACCUGGAACCGGACCUGACUGGCGUCGCGAACCUGGAACCGGUCCUGACUGGCGCCGCGAGCCUGGGACCGGACCCGACUGGCGUCGUGAACCUGGGACGAGUCCGGACUGGCGUCGCGAACCUGGGACGAGUCCUGACUGGCGUCGCGAGCCGGGGACCAGUCCUGACUGGCGCCGCGAACCUGGGACCGGUCCUGACUGGCGUCGCGAAGCCGCCGAUGUUUAG